UAAAGCAUGAUGCUCAUGAACAAGAAAUUUUACUUCAGGAAAAACAAACUAAAAGCAAGGCUGUUUUAGAACAGAUAAGUCAAACUAUGACUAAUGCCAGUAUGAAAAAAAGUGAAAUGGAAGAAUUAAGGUCAAAAACAGAAGAGAAAAAUGAAAUGCUUCAAAUAAGGAAACAAGAAAUUGACACAGAGUUAGCUGAUAUAGAACCUCUUCUACAAGAAGCAAGGGCAGCUGUAGGAAAUAUAAAACCAGAAGCGAUAACUGAAAUACGUUCUUUGAGAGCUCCAACUUCUGUUAUUAGGGAUAUUUUAGAAGCAGUUCUCAGAUUAAUGGGUAUCCAAGAUACAUCAUGGAACAGUAUGAAAACAUUCCUUUCACAUCGAGGUGUACGUGAAGAAAUAAGGUUGUUUGAUGCUAGCCAAAUAAACAAAGAAGAUAGAGCAGCAGUUGAAAACUUAUUAUCAUCUCAUAAGGAUUCCUUUCUUCCUAAGAAUGCAUCUAGAGCAUCUUUGGCUGCUGCUCCCUUAGCUGCAUGGGUGAUUGCAAAUGUAAAGUAUUCUAUUGUUUUAGAAAAAAUUCAACCUCUCACUGAAGAACAAAAUCAACUAAUGACAAAUAUUGAGGAAGCCAACUUAAGUAUUGAGGAACUUAAAGCUGGUCUUCAAAAUGUAGAUGAAACAGUGCAACAGUUGCAAGAACAUCUGAGAAUUACUACAAAAGAAGGAGCAGAAAUUGAAGUUCACCUUUCAGAAGUUCAGAAUAGAAUUACUGCUGCUGAAAGUCUGGUGAAAAAAUUAGAUGAUGAAUUCUCAAUUUGGACUGUGGAGGAUAAUGUGAUCUCGGGUACUUUAACUGACCUGUGGAAAUCAUGUAUUUUAGCAGCAGCUUUUAUCACAUAUUUACCCAGUGAAACAGAAAAAGUGCGAAGUGAUACUUUGAAACAGUGGAAGGAGUCAUUGAAUAAUCCAGAGGAGUUUUCAAUUUGGAGUUUCUUAAGCUCUGAUCGUGAAUUAUUAAUAUGGAAUCAUGAAGGCCUUCCAAGAGAUGAAUUUUCUUUCCAAAAUGGAAUAAUCACAUUACAUUCAUUAACAUUUCCAUUACUCUUGGAUCCUUUAUCAACUGCAGUCACUUGGCUAUUAAACCAUUUUAAGAAACUGGAUAUCACUAUAAUCUCUUGUCAUAACAAUAACUUCUUAACAAUGUUGGAAUUAGCUGUAAGGUUUGGAAAAAUAGUUAUACUUGAAGUAGGCAAUCAUAUUCCUUGUGCUGUGAUGUCAAUUUUACAAGAAAAUUUUGUUUUCCAAGGUGCUCGAAAAAUGCUUUAUAUUGGAGAGAAAUUAGUUGAUUUUAACCAAAAUUUCAAACUUUUCAUGGUUACUCAUGAUUUGAGAAAUUAUAAUGUCAUGAAAACUCUUCUUCCCUGUCCUGUUAUUGAUUUUAAUACUUCAAUAAAUGGAUUAAUGGAACAGUUACUCGAUUCUGCAUUAUUUGUUGAAAAACCAUCUUUAGAAAAACAAAGGUUAAAAUACAUUGAACAAGAAGAAAGUCUAACUUUACAAUUACACCAUAUGCAAGAAGAAGUCCUGGAAACUUUAGUUCUAGCCCAAGGUGACAUUCUGCAAAAUCAGCAAUUAUUGAAAUCUUUGGAAGUAACAAAAGUAAGCAGUGAUGAAAUAAAAAAGACAUUAGCUGAAUCAAGUUUACUCAAACAAAAUCUUGAUAAAGAGCGAGAAUACUAUAGGCCUUUAGCUGAAUAUGGAGCUACUCUUUUUUUUGCUUGUAUGAACCUUAGUGCUAUAAAUGUUAUGUAUCAAAUAUCUGUUACAUCAUUUAAAAAACUUUUUGAAACAUCAUUACAUAAGAAUCAGAUUGUUGAUGAUAUGAAGUUUAAAUGUCAUAAUUUAUUGAUGGUGGUAUAUCAUCAUGUGUGUUGUUCACUUUUUAAAGCUGAUAUUUUAACAUUUGCUGUUCACCUAACCCAUGUAAUUCAUCCAGAAAGAUUUGAAUUUAAUGAAUGGAAUGUGUUCAUUGGAAAACUUAUGAGUUCUUCAAUUGAAGAAGGCUCAAAUUUGGAUAAUGCAUUACCUUCAUGGAUAACUGGAGAUAAGAUUCAACAAGUUCUUUAUCUGAAGAACUUUUUACCCACAUUGUAUCAAAAAAUGAACUUAAAUAAUGAAACUUUGUGGUUAAAUUUCAUGGAAAACAAAAACCCUCACCCACCUAAAGAAUGCAAUUUAUCAUCAUUUCAGUUAGUUCUAGUUACUCAAGCACUACGUCCUGAUAAAUUAUAUACUACACUUGUGCAAUUUGUUCUUCAGACAUUAGGACUCAAAUACAUUUUGCCACCAACACUCAAGCUGAAUGAAUUGUAUCUAGAAACAGUUGCAACAGAGCCUAUUCUCAUAAUAUCAUCACCAGGAAACGAUCCUUCAAAAGAUAUAUUUUCUCUUGCUUCUGUAAAUGGGAAUAUUAAGCUCCAUGAGCUUGCAGCUGGACCUGGAUGUGAAGAACUAAUAUUAAAAUUACUUAAUGAAGCAUCUAGGAAUGGUGAAUGGCUAAUGUUAAAAAAUCUUCAUUUACUAAUAUACUGGCUGCCAGUUUUUGAGAGAGAGUUUCAUGGAAUUGAGCCACACAAAAAUUUUCGAAUUUGGCUCACAACAGAACCAAAUGAAAAGUUUCCUCCAGGAUUUUUGAACCAUUGUUUUAAAAUUACUUAUGAGGCCCCUCCUGGCAUUAAAAGGAGCAUGGAAAAGAUUUAUGACAACUGGAGUCUUGAUAAAGAACUAGCUGUAAAUAUAGAUGCUUCAAAAGUCAUGUUUGUGCUGGCAUGGCUUCAUGCUGUACUGCAGGAAAGAAGACUUUAUAUACCUCAAGGCUGGACAAGUUUUUAUGAAUUUAAUAGUUCUGAUCUUACGUGUGCAAAAGAUAUUAUAAACAGGCUAUUUAAUAGAGUGUACUCUGAUAGUUUUAAGUGGGAUUAUCUACGAGGUCUUUUUGAAGUAGUAAUAUAUGGAGGUCGUAUAAGUAAUUUAUAUGAUUUGAGAGUAUUAUCAACCUAUUUGAAACAUUUUUUUAAUAGCAGUGUCAUUGAAGGAAAUUUUGAAGUUGCAUCAGGAAUAAAUGUUCCCAAAUCUGCCAAUAUUAAGGAACAUUUAGAUAUAAUUAAAAAUAUACCAGAUACAGAUAACCCUGAAUAUUUUGGUUUACCGAAAAAUGCCAAUAGAAUUUGGCAACGUGAAGCUAGUUUGAGCAUUAUUUUGCAGUUGAAAGCUUUGAAUGAAGAAGACAAAUGCUUUAGUGAAAUGAGAAAUUCAAAACAGGAAAAUUCUGCAGUGUUGUUGUCCUUCAUUAAAUUUUGGAAAAAUCUUAUACAGGGAAGAAAAAUGAUUAAGCAAGAAUUUGAAGAUGAUUCAAAAUUGAAAAUGGGAGAAAUACCAAUAUCACUGUUUUUCACAUUAGAAAAAAAGUUUUCACAAAAAUUAAUAAAUAUCAUAGAUAUAUCACUGUCAGGUCUAGAAAGCAGUUUAAAAAAUGAUAUUGUUGUUGAUGAUUCUGUCACAUUAAUAGCCAAUACCUUAAAGUCCCAACAGUUACCUGAAAUAUGGGAGCAACUAUGGAGUGGUCCUUCGAAUCCAUUAGUUUAUUUACAGAGUGUUACAUCAAAAGCAGAAAGUGUUGCUUACAUCCAUAGUAGAUGGAGAACAGAAAAUAUUGUCUUUGAUUUAUCUCAAUUAUACAAUAUUGAAGGAUUCUUUGCAGCUCUUAAACAACAAGCUGCAAGACACUUUAAUACGCCUCUGGAGGAUCUAUUUCUUCACACAUCUAUUGGUAAAACUACUGCUUCAAUUUUUGAAGGAUCUGUUCUUAUAUCUGGUUUAUUACUGGAAGGUGCUUUAAUCUCAGAAAAUCAACUUAAAGAAAAUUCAGAAGAAUCACCUAGUGUUGCAUUGGUACCUGAGAUAUUACUGUCAUGGAAGAGCUUAAAGGAGAAUAACUUAGAAGAUACUUCAUACGUAUCUAUUCCUCUUUAUUUGACAGAUAGAAGAGAUAAAGUAAUAGCAAACUUAUUAAUACCUUGUAAAAAACAGGAAAUAGAAAAAUGGAUUCUAGCAGGAACAGCAUUUUACAUCAAGUCUUAGAAGAAUUAAUUUUUUUAUGAAAUAUUCUAAAUUAAGAAUU